GCGCACGGCCCCUUUAAGAGCCGCGGAGGAGAGAGAGGGGGUGGGGGAGCGGGCCCCGAGCGCAGGAGCUGGCUCAGAGCUGCGCCGAUCCGGCCCCAAGGACGCGCGGCGCUCGCUCGGGCUCGGGCUGCCCCUGCCCUCCCCCGCCCCGCCGGACGCCGUGGGGGGCCCCCUCCUCCCAUCCCCCUCCCGCAGACCCCGCCGCGGGGGGCGAGGUGCCCCGGGCACGGGGAGGGGGCGUGCGCGCCGCCUCCGCGGGGCCCCGGGAGCGCACGCCUCCGCCUCGCCGGCCCCGGGCAUGGACAGCAGCCGCAGGCGCGCUGUGCUGAGCCCAGGGGAGCGCAGCGGCUCCGGGCAGCCCCGAGGCUGAACCCGAGACAAAGGCGGCAUCCGGCGGGGAAGGAGCCGGGAGAGCCUCCCGCACCUGGCUGGCCGUCGGGCUCGGCCCCCUCGCGGUGCCCUCCGCCGGGCUCUCCACGCCGAGCCUUGGGAACUCGCAGGGGACGGGCUCCCCUAGGGAAGAGGAAGGCGGGGAGCGGAGGGGUGGUCCCGGCCCCCACGCUCUCGCUCCAAGUUUUCGAGCCCCCCAGAGAGGAAACCUCCAGCCGGAGCAUCGGGGCUCUCCGAGCCCUUCCGCAGCCCAGCCCAGCCAGCACCGCGAGCAUGAGCAGCGGUAGCGGGGCCGGGCGGGGCGAGCCCCGGAGGCCGGGCUGGGCCGGGACCCUCCUGGGCACCGGGGAGCUGCUGCUGCUGCUGUUCGUGUGGCUGGGCCCCCUGAGCUGCAACGGGGUGGCCGGGGACAACGAAGUCAACGCCGAGAACUGGCUGCGCUUCUACGGCUACCUGCCCCAGCCCAGCCGCCAGAUGUCCACCAUGAGGUCCGCCCAGAUCCUGGCGUCGGCCAUCUCCGAGAUGCAGCGCUUCUACGGGAUCACCGUCACGGGCGUGCUGGACGAGGAGACCAAAACGUGGAUGAAGCGGCCUCGCUGCGGGGUGCCGGACCAGUUUGGGGUACGGGUGAAAGCCAACAUGCGGCGGAAGCGUUACGCUCUCACCGGGAGGAAAUGGAACAGCCACCACCUGACCUUCAGCAUCCAGAACUACACAGAGAAGCUGGGCUGGUACAACUCCUUGGAGGCCGUCCGGCUGGCCUUCCGGGUGUGGGAGCAGGCCACGCCCCUGGUCUUCCAGGAGAUCCCCUACGAGGACAUCCGGACCCGGCGGCAGAAGGAGGCCGACAUCAUGGUACUCUUUGCCUCCGGUUUCCAUGGCGACAGCUCCCCCUUCGACGGCGUGGGGGGCUUUCUGGCCCACGCUUACUUCCCCGGGCCCGGCAUGGGCGGAGACACCCAUUUUGAUGCUGAUGAGCCCUGGACCUUCUCCAACACCGACCUGCACGGAAACAACCUCUUCCUGGUGGCUGUGCACGAGCUGGGCCAUGCCCUGGGGCUGGAGCACUCCAACAACCCCAGCGCCAUCAUGGCGCCCUUCUACCAGUGGAUGGACACGGACAACUUCCAGCUGCCCGAAGAUGACCUCAGGGGCAUCCAGAAGCUCUACGGUACUCCAGACGGCCAGCCUCAGCCUACCCGGCCCCUUCCUACCGUCCCACCCCGACGCCCAGGCCGGCCUGACCACCGGCCACCCAGACCGCCACCGCCGCCGCCUCCGGGGGGGAAACCAGACCGACCCCCCAAACCUGGGCCUCCUAGCCAGCCACGAGCCACAGAGAGACCGGACCAAUACGGCCCCAACAUCUGUGACGGCAACUUUGACACUGUGGCCAUGCUGCGGGGGGAGAUGUUCGUGUUCAAGGGCCGCUGGUUCUGGAGGGUCCGGCACAACCGGGUGCUGGACAACUACCCCAUGCCCAUCGGGCACUUCUGGCGGGGGCUGCCUAGCGACAUCAGCGCUGCCUACGAGCGUCAGGAUGGGCGUUUUGUGUUCUUCAAAGGGGACCGCUACUGGCUCUUCCGGGAAGCCAACCUGGAGUCCGGCUACCCCCAGCCGCUCACGAGCUACGGGCUGGGCAUCCCCUACGACCGCAUUGACACGGCCAUCUGGUGGGAGCCCACGGGACACACCUUUUUCUUCCAGGAGGACAGGUACUGGCGCUUCAAUGAGGACACCCAGCGAGGAGACCCCGGCUACCCCAAGCCCAUCAGCGUCUGGAAGGGCGUCCCGUCCUCCCCCAAGGGGGCCUUCCUGAGCAACGACGCAGCUUACACCUACUUCUACAAGGGCACCAAGUACUGGAAGUUUGACAACGAGCGGCUGCGGAUGGAGCCCGGAUACCCCAAGUCCAUCCUCCGGGACUUCAUGGGCUGCCAGGAGGAGGCGGCCGACCCCGACGCCGGGCGCCGCUGGCCCGACGUGCACCGGCCGCCCUUCGACCCCGACGGCGGAGGCCGGGAGGACGAGGGCGGGGAGGCCGGGGCCCGGCCGGGGGAGCAGGAUCGGGACGAUGAGGCGGCCGAGGAGGAGGGAGACUACGGGGAGGACGGCGGCGGCGGCAACCGCGUGGUGGUGCAGAUCGACGAGUACACGCGGACCAUGAACGUGGUCAUGGUGCUGGUGCCGCUGGUGCUGCUGCUCUGCAUCCUGGGCCUCAUCUACGUCAUCAUCCAGAUGCAGCGCAAGGGCGCCCCGCGGAUGCUGCUCUACUGCAAGCGCUCCCUGCAGGAGUGGGUCUGAGGCCCGCCCCAGGUGCUACCGAGCCAUUGUAUGUACGGACUGUGCUGGUCGCGGCCCCGGGCGGCCGCCUCGGGGCUCCGGAGCGGGCCCGACUGAAGGCGGCGGCGGCGGCCCGGAGACCCUCCCCCACCCUCCCCGGUCUAUUUAUGCCGAGACCCUUCCUCCUCCUCUCCCCCCUUCCCCCCUCUCUCCCUGCUCUGCCCCUCCCCGUUAGUGAGCGGGGGCAGGAGGGGGCCAGCUCCCCCGCCCCGGGACAGACGUUACCCCCGUCCCAGCUCCCGAAGGCGGCCCCCCGAAGGGCUCGGAGCGGGAGCGGCCCGCGCUAGUUCCCGGCCCGGUGGGGAGGGAGGGAGGCCCCGCUCGAGCUCCGCUGUGACACCUCCCCGGCGCCCGCGUGAGAGUUAGGGUCUGGCUGCAGCCGGAGCCGCGGGGCCGCAAGGCCUUCUGCCGGUGGCCCGGGGGUCCCGGGCGGGGCCUCCUUCUCCUCCGGGAAGCGAGGCUGGCCAGGCCCGCGUUGGCUUUAGAGGCCCGCUGCCUGGCCAGGCGCCGAGCCCGCGGUGUGCGGGAGGAAAGCGCGGCGGGCUGAGCAGCUCCUGGGAAAUCACCCGGAAUUUGUCCCGCCUCGGGGCCGACUGCGCCGGGCGGGAGAACAAAGCGGUGGUUGGAGUUAGGGCCUCCCAGGGAUGGAGGCUUAAUCCAGAGCGUCAGAGAGGAAGAAGGGCCCGGAGUUACAGGGCUCCCCCUACAGCGGAUCUCUGCCCUCCCCGCAUCCCCUGGCGGCCUCCUGAGUCAGGGUCUCCCCACCGGGACCCGAGACAUGGAGGCCCGGGAUAGGAGAGGGAGCGACCCAGUCUUCCUGAGGGGCCGGGAGGGCGCCUCUCCAGGGACCCUGGUUCCGAAGUCAUAAAAUCUUUGCCUAUAGGAUUACAAAGGAAACCGAUUCUAUUGAAUAGUUAUCAGAAUAUAUAAUUUACAGAGUUCUCAGGCCCCAAGCUAAAGACCCCCCCUCUUUUCACCCCCAUUUCCCCAGCAGCCACUCCCCCAUCCCACCCCUCAUGGGUAAGAAUCCCCGAUCCGGGCAGAAUUUAGUGCCAGAAGGAGCCCUGCAAACACCUUCACCUGGCAGCAGCAAGGUGGAGGGAGGUGACUCCUACAGUUAGAGCUGGACAUUCAAGCCCAGAGCUCCAGGUGCUGCAGGGCUUCUCCACAGGGAUCCGUGGGGGUCCACGAAUAGAUUUCAGGGAGUCUGAACUCCAGUGGGGGAGAAAAUGACAGCUUCCUUUCCACUAACUUUUCCUUUCCUUUGUCAUACUCUGGUAACACGAUUCUGACAAGGGGUCGGCCCGCGGGGGCCACAGAAGGUUGAGGGUCUCUCGCUCUGCCGCAGAGAUGUGCAGAUGGAGAGUGUUCGGGCCACCGGUCCGGGCUGCACCUUGGAGCUCUAGGCCACCGGCGCCCCGGAACCCUCCUGCGCCUCCGUUAUUUGGCAGAAAUGGUGCUCUGGAACCCUGACUGGAGCGGGAACUUGAGAGGAGCCCGAGCCAGCGGCUUGGCUCCCCGCCAUGUGGGGGUGCGUUGGGGCUGAGACGGGCCAGCCCUUCCAUGUAAUGACUUCCAGGUUGCUUGGGCACUGAGUCUGGCUGUCCCGGGGCAUCUUUCUUUAUGGGUGUCCCAGCCCCCCAGUAGGAUGCAGUGAUCAGGGAUGGAGGAGAGGUGUUGGGGUCCCCUGCCCACAGUGUUGGUCACAGUGGAUGCUACCUCAGGAAUGGAGGGGGAGUUGAUGAGAUUCUUUAAAGGGACUCUGGGUUGUGGCAGCUAGGGGGGUAUCUCAGACUGACCCCCCAAUGCCAUCGUCACCAUAUCCAACCUGAGGUUGGCUCUCGGGGUCUGCCGGGAAGGUGUAGAAUUGAUGUCAUUGGGCUGCUUCUGUUUCUGCAUUUGGAUCUGGGAAAUGGGUCACUGGGGAAAGAAAGGGAAAGGAAACCCAAGCAGUCUUGAGAAAUAGUUCUCCCAGCCAGCCAAGGAAGGCAAGGGCCAAGUGGAAAUCCCCCAGGCGCUGUGGCCGCUCCCUCGGAGCUCUGCAGCCAGGGCCACACUGGGGAGGGGCCGCAAUAAUUGGGGCCAACUCCCAGGGGGUCCUCCCCCCAUGUCUUGACCCGAUUUCCAUCUCCUCUCCUUCCCCUCCCUACAUCCUCCUUCCAAAGCAAACAAGAGUCUCCGGCCUCUGUGGGAAACGGUACUGGGAAGCUGAGCCCGAUCCCUUCUUCGGCCCUCCCCCUCCCCAUCCUCCCUCCUUUGUGGGCCUGAGCCCCCACCUCCUGGGCUGUUAAGUGAGUAAGGGACGGCUCAGAAGGUUUUAGAUCAGAAGCAGUCACUGAAAACCCUUUCCUGGCAAUCUUGCCCCCUCCUCCCCUCUUGCUGAUCUCUCACCCCUUCCAUUUGGGCCAGAGCUUGUCAGAACCGGAACCCCGGCCCCCCCUUCCCUUCCCUCCUCAGCCCUCCCAAGAGUUUCCCUCUAGAGAGCCCUGACUGCAUCCUCGGCCCUUGCCCCGGCUGGCAGGGGGGUCCUUCGUGGCAGGGAGUCAGUGGCCCCGUGUACAUUUCUGUAAAUAAUACGCAGCUUAUUAAAUUGUACAUACAGCUUCCAACAGGUGUGGCUCGCUUUGUGAAGGGGGAAGCUUCGCAUUAAGCUCCAAUUAGGGCCCCCCCUUAGCGGUCGGCUGGCCCGGGGCCCUUCCCUUUCGCCCCCUUCCCACCCGUUCCAUACUGGGAGGGAAGCUUCAAGGAAACAAUAAUAGCUUAAAUUGUUCCCGCACUCAGCUCUCAAGUUUACAGAGUGUUUUCCUCCCGACAGCUCUGCAGUAAAGGUGUUUCAGGCGUGUUAUCACCCAUUUUACAGAUGGGUAAAACAAGACUCAGAAUGAAGUGAUAUGCCAAUAACGCAGGUGUCAGGGGGUUUGAACCCCAAAAUUUCUGAUCCCAAAAUCAAUAUUCUCUCUCCCCCCACCCCCCGCUUUAACACCUCCUAGGUUUAUUUGGAUUUUCCUGUCUUCUGGUGACGUAUCUUGUCAGAAGAAGGGAAGUGUCCAGACCGGAAGGGGCAUUUGGCCAGGAGGGGUGUAAUGGAUUCAAAAGGGGCUCAAAUGUGUGACUGACAGGUCGGGCUUCAGGCUGGGCCGGCCCGGAGUGAGUCUUGAGAGCUGAGAGCCCCCGAGUCUGCUCUCCGACCCUGGGGUGAGGAGGAGGAGGGGGAAAGAAUGUGUGAUUCUCGCUUCCUUCCCCCUUCCCCAUGGGAAAGGGCAGCCUCUGGCAGCGUUCCCCGGCCUGAGCCGAGGAGUGGGAGGGAGCCUGGCUGUGGAAACAAGGCCGGAGCUGUCCCUGACCCCCUCCUCACUUCUCCAGGCCAGCCCCCGGCCCAGCUUAGCGCCUUCCCCAGGCAGUCUGGGAACCCAGCCUGUGCAAGGAGGGUGGGAGAGAGGGGCAGGACAGAUGGAAAAACUGCUCCCCUUGGGAUCCCGCAGGUGCAGCCUGUGGUGGGAGAAACGAGGGCUGGCUGGGGGCCAGGACCCUCCCUCCUCCCUCCACCCCAACCCUUUAAUUGGCUUUCCCAGAAGGAACCUCAGUGCUCCUCCAGCCCCAUCUCCGUUGGCCUCCCCUUGGAGCUACGUCCCUUUUUACUGUGAAGCCAGAAUGAUGACAUUUGGUCGGAAAAGUCGCUGUUUAUUUUUCUCCCCCAUCUCCAUUUCUCUGUCACUCCCCCUCUCUGCUGGAUAAAGGGCUCACUUAGGGAAGAAAAAUGAUGCAAAAAUAAUAAUGACGAUGCAUUUAUCAGGUCCCUGAGGCUCCAGAAGCGUGUCCAUCGUCCCCCCGGCCUCCCCUCUCCCCCAGCUCAUCCCCUCCUGGGCUGAGCGUCCGUUCCUCCUGUGUCUGUUGGUCAUUUUCUACAGUCCAUGCUGGUCAUGAUUCAAGGCUCCACAAUAAACUUAUGAACAGCC